GUUCCGCAACACCGUCUACAUCAACAUGAAUCUCAGGAGAUAGAUUCGCCUCAAAUUUGUCUAUGAUGUAUAAUCCAAUACGGAUUAUAUGACAUCGAGCAGACGAAGGCGCACUACCUCAAAAUGUUCAAACCAAAAUCACCAUACAGACUCUGCCAGGCUCUUCUUUCACAAACGUCGCUACAACAACAACAACGAUGCUUCCAAACACACCCAACUCUACAAAUUCAUGAUCAAAAAUUCCUGCAUACAUCAUUUGAUGACCUCCUCCUAACCGACUUAGCAGCCUACUGGGAUACCACCCCUCCCAACCCGGUUCAAAUUCAAUCCGCCGAACGCUUCUUUGCACACACCCGCCAUUCCCCCGUAAAAUUAUACUCAGCAGCGCAAUUCCGCACCAUUCCCUUUGACUCCAAGGAACCCGAAGUCGCAUUCUUGGGAAAAACGAAUGUCGGCAAGAGUUCGCUCAUCAAUGCACUCGUAGACGACGAGAUAUGUCGCAGUGGAGACAAGCGCGGUAAAACCACGGAGAUGAACGCUUAUGGUAUCGGGGGUACGAAAGGUGGUGAAUCCAAAAUUGUAUUGUUGGAUAUGCCCGGAUAUGGAGCAGGUAGUCGACCGGAGCAAGGCGAAGAGAUCAUGAAAUAUCUGAAGAAUCGGAAACAACUUCGCCGAACAUAUAUCCUCAUCGACCUCCUCCACGGCAUAAAGCCCCACGACCAACAAAUCCUGACUUUACUCCGCCAAUACGCAAUCCCGCACCAGCUCAUCGUCUCCAAAGUAGAUCGCAUCCUAUGCGACAAAAUCAAAUCCAUUAAACAUUGGCACUACAACCGGAAAAUCAAACUUUCAAAGCUUUCCAAGUUGCAACAGGAACUUGAAAAGCUACGGGCUUAUGAUCGAAUACCUUCGAAUCCGGAGGAUCGGAAUUAUGAGUUUGCUGCUGCAUUGGCGGCUACAAAGGGUCCGCCCCCGCUUGGGGAGAUUAUUUGUGUUAGUGCCAUGACGGAUGUGGCCGGAUCUAUGAAGAAGAGCUUCUUGGGUAUUAAUGCCUUAAGGUGGUCGAUUAUGCAAGCAACAGGGUUUGAUGGGAGUGUUCAGUCGGUCAUUCCUCCUGUAUAACGGUUGAUGACGCAGAAACAGUGAAUAGUAUAUGGGCACGCCUGCUUGCCGAUUUGGCAUGAUGAAUAUAUAUAUGCAUAUGUAUAUUAUAGCGAACUGUAAAGUAGCUAGAUAACGCUAAUUAGAUACCCAUCAGAUAUCACGGAUUCCUUCAAACCCUAAUGGCAAAUCGAACAUAUGAUAUCAAUAUCAAUGCAAAUACACCCGUGGACGCAUAUUACAACAACUAAUCGGCAGAAGCCAUACCGUUUGCCAUAUGUAAGACAUCGCAGAAAGGGAAUUUCACAUCGCGGAGAAAUUGACGAUAUCUCCAAACUCUUGUAACAGCAUUUCAUCAAUAUUCUCAUCUCGAGAUUCAGGCUGAUCCAUUUCUUGAGACCGCAAUUCUUCGAUUGAGUAUGGAUCAUCAUGACUUGCUGCAUUCUUAAUACUUUCGGCCGAGGGCUGCGUUGUAUCAGCUUUA